AUGUUCCAUCAAGUGACGAAUAUUUGGUCAUUUUUCUCCGACGACACUACGACCACAACAACAACAACAACAACAACAACAACAACAACACCUAUCGUCCUUCCAACCACUGUCCAAACCACUUCCACUAAAGAAAUAAAGACCUCUGAAACACCAGGAACAACCCUUAAAAGAAGAACUACAGUACGUAAAACUACUACCCCAAGAACAACAACUAUGGCACCAGAACUAGUGACUAUAUAUAUAAAAAUAAAAACACCUAAAAGAACAAGGCCGUCAACAAAUAAUAAUAAUACCACACAGGAUGUUAAAUCAACAAAGAAGCCCGACACCACUACUACAGAGGAACCAGAUACCACUACUACUGAGGAACCAGAAACCACCACUACUAAGAAGCCAGAAACCACUACCACUGCAGGACCAGAUACCACCACCACUGAGCAACCAGAUACCACCAAUACAGAACCAGAUACCACCACUGAAGAACCAGAUACCACCACUAGUACUGGAGAGCCAGACUCGAAUACUACCGGCAAGCCAGACACUGCUACUACUACACCAAAGCCUGAUACUACGAUAACAAAAGAGUCAACUACAAAUGUCUCUAAAGAACCAAAAACCACAACAUCAACUACUACAGAGAUAACUACUAUCUCACCUAACCGUGCUCAAUGCCGCCAUUGCCCAUUACAUUGUGGUAUAAAAUGUUCAGGAUCGUGCCGAAAGUGCUGCUGUGUAUCCAAACCAAACAAAAGAAACAAACAAUACUAUUUUCUCUAA